AGUUAAACUAUUCACAACUAGCUUACAGUAUUGUUGUCAUCAUCAUGGCCAAGCCAGUGUCCAUUGAGGUAUGGAACCCAAAUGGGAAAUAUAGAGUUGUUAGCACAAAACCAAUGCCAGGAACUCGUUGGAUCAAUCUUCUCAUCCAGCAAGAUUGUCGCCUUGAAAUAUGUACCGAGAAGAAAACAAUACUGUCAAUUGAAGACAUCAUUGCUUUGAUUGGUGAUAAGUGCGAUGGAGUUAUAGGCCAGCUGACAGAAGAAUGGGGAGAAGAGUUGUUCUCUGCCUUGAGCAGAGCGGGAGGUAAAGCUUUCAGUAACAUGGCUGUUGGUUAUAAUAAUGUGGAUGUCAAUGCUGCAAACAAGUACGGUGUUGCUGUUGGAAAUACUCCUGGAGUGCUCACAGAGACAACAGCUGAGCUGGCAGCUUCACUGUCUUUGGCAGCUGCUAGAAGGAUAGUUGAGGCAGAUGAGUUCAUGAGGGCAGGAUUAUAUGAUGGAUGGCUACCACAUCUAUUUGUUGGGAACUUGCUCAAGGGACAAACUGUUGGUGUUAUUGGAGCUGGCCGUAUUGGAUCGGCUUAUGCAAGAAUGAUGGUUGAAGGGUUCAAGAUGAACCUAAUUUACUAUGAUCUCUACCAGGCCACACGACUAGAAAAGUUUGUCACAGCUUAUGCUGAAUUCUUGAAAGCAAAUGGGGAAAAACCGGUGACUUGGAAAAGGGCAACAAGCAUGGAUGAGGUCCUCCAGGAGGCAGAUAUAAUUAGUCUUCAUCCUAUCUUGGAUAAAACCACAUAUCAUCUAGUCAACAAGGAAAGACUCGCCAAGAUGAAGAAGGUAAAAGAAGCAAUUCUUAUAAACUGCAGUAGAGGGCCUGUUAUUGAUGAAGCUGCACUUGUGGAGCAUUUAAGACAGAACCCAAUGUUUCGAGUAGGCCUUGAUGUGUUUGAGGAAGAGCCCUACAUGAAACCUGGGCUUGCAGAGUUGAAGAAUGCCAUUGUGGUACCUCACAUUGCAUCUGCUUCCAAGUGGACCCGUGAGGGAAUGGCCACAUUAGCAGCUCUAAAUGUCCUGGGUAAGAUUAAAGGCUACCCAGUUUGGUUUGAUGCCAAUAGGGUGGAACCAUUCCUCAAUGAGAAUGCUCGACCUCCGGCUGCAUCCCCAAGCAUUGUUAAUGCAAAAGCCCUGGGUUUGCCAGUUUCUAAGCUUUAGGCAUCAUACAUGCUUUUAUCCUACAAGGGCCUUCAAUUGCAAAAAUGACCAAUUUUGUGUGUUCAGUUCAUCAAAAUGUGGAAUAUACCCAAGGAGCUAUGGCUAGUAUGUGCUUUUGUGCAUGUAGAGUGCUGAUGGCAGUGUGAAUAUAAAUACUGUCUCUUUAAUAUUAGCAUCAUGCGCUUGUAAUGUAUUUGAAAUAUUAAUUAAAACAUAAAUGAACUUAUACCUGA